UUUAAUCUAUUAAAAAUGGCGUCACUGUCGAGCUUGCUGCCAGCGCCUGUUCAGCAAGUGUGGGAUCGUGACGAUGAGUUGAAAGCAAAGCGUGUUGGUAGUGCGCUGGUAGUAUCUCAAACUAGCAUACCGCCAUAUGGCCAAAGAAGGGGCUGGGUGCCUCGAGUGGAGGAAGAUUUUGGAGAUGGAGGUGCAUUUCCUGAAAUCCAUGUGGCUCAAUACCCUCUGGGUAUGGGAGCUAGGGGGAAGGAGAGUACUUCGAAUGCAUUGGCUGUUCAGCUAGAUGAGUCAGGGCGAGUCAAGUACUCCGCUAUAGCGAGACAAGGCCAUAGUGCUGACAAGAUUAUAUAUUCAAAACUUACGGAUCUGCUACCGGCAGAAGUUCUAGCUGAGGAUGAUCCAACAUUACAGAAGCCAACUGAGGACGAUAUCCAGGACAUAACUGAGAAGACCAAACUAGCAUUAGAAAAAAUAACAAAUGCCAAAAUAUCUGCUGCAAUGCCUGUUAAGGCUGCACCGAAAGCUGCUCCCGCUCAAUACAUACGAUACACACCAGCGCAGCAGGGUGGUGCCUUCAAUUCAGGCGCAAAACAGAGAGUUAUUAGGAUGGUGGAGGCGCAGGCGGACCCCAUGGAGCCCCCCCGGUUCCAGAUUAACCGCAAGAUCCCCCGCGCGGCGCCUUCCCCCCCGGCGCCCGUGCUACACUCCCCCCCGAGACGUGUGUCCGUCAAGCAGCAGCGUGACUGGAAGGUGCCACCCUGCGUCUCGCACUGGAAGAAUGCCAAGGGAUACACGAUACCUUUGGAUAAGCGUCUAGCCGCGGAUGGGCGUGGUCUCCAGCAAGUGCACAUUAAUGAGAAUUUCUCGAAACUAGCAGAGGCGUUAUACAUAGCCGAUCGUAAAGCCAGAGAGGCCGUGGAAGCGAGAGCUCAGUUAGAGAGAAGAUUAGCACAAAGGGAGAAAGAGAAGAAAGAAGAGCAUCUGAGAAUGUUGGCGCAGAGGGCGAGAGAUCAUAGAGCCGGUAUCCGCAGCCCGUCGGCGGGCGCGGCGGAGGCGGGCGCGGACGAGGCCGAGGCGGCGGGCGAGCUGUCGGCGGCCGAGCGCGAGCGCCUGCGCGCCGAGCGGCACCGCGAGCGGCAGCGCGACCGCAACCUGGCGCGCGCCGCGCCCGACAAGCGAUCUAAACUGGUCAAGGAACGCGAAAGAGACAUCUCCGAGCAGAUAGCAUUAGGUCUUCCGGCAAAGACGGCUCAGGGCGGAGAGGCCAUGUUCGACCAGCGUCUGUUUAAUACCAGCAAGGGAAUGGACAGCGGGUACGGAGACGAUGAAGCGUACAAUGUGUACGACAAGGCGUGGCGUAACCAGGACUCGGUGGGGGCGCACAUCUACCGACCAUCGCGGAACGCGGACAAAGAUAACUACGGCGGCGAUCUGGAAGCCAUCGCUAAUACGAAACGCUUCGUGGCGGACAAAUCAUUCGCUGGCACCAGUAGCAGCAACACCCGCUCCGGACCAGUUCCCUUUGAAAAGGACACGCCCAGAGAGGAGCCUUCCCGCAGUACUCAAUCGGAUGCAGACUUCGAUCCGUUCGGUCUGGAUCGGUUCUUGAGCGAGGCGAAGCGAGCUGACAAGUCGUCCAGGAAACGAGAUCACCACGAACCCCACGCCAAGAAACGAAGGGAAUGAAUUAAAAGUGACUUCUAUAAUAUGCAUUUAUAUUAUAGAACGAAGACAUUUCAUUAUAUGAACUUCACAAACGAUAUCGUUUAUAUCGACGUAUUGAACGUCAUUGCUUUCAGCUCUGAGCAAAGUUGAUAGUUUUUUUUUUGUUAUUUCAAAUAUGACAGGCUAAUAGACCUGAUGGUCAGUGGUCACCAACACUCGUUGUCAUUGGUACUGCAAGAAAUAUUAACCUUUACAUCGCUAAAGCGUCAACGAGCUUGGGAACUAGGAUGUUAUGUCCCUUGUGCCUGUAGUUACAUAACAGAACACGACAGUACUAAGUAUUACUGUUUGGUGGUAGAAUAUGUGAUUAGUUGGUGGUAACCUACCUAGCUUGCCACUAACUAACCGCUAAUGUAUCUUAAAUAUACAUAUUUUAGUUUUUACGUACCAAUUGAUUGUGUUCGUUAGAUGCAAAUGUAGAAUUAAGGGAUUUUGUUAUGUUUCUAAAUGCUGGCGCAUAGUUAAAAUCUUUUUUUUUUAGUCGUAAUGCUAGAAAAUAUUUUUUUAUCAUUUCUUUUAUUUGGAUUCGUAUUUAGGUUAAGUGUAUUUAGGUAAACAUGACUUUGUACAUUAUGUAGAUUUGUAAUAAAGUAAUCACUAAGAA